AUGUUCAGCGCAUUCUCUUUCGCCCCCGCCCGCCCCUUCGACCUGGUAGUCGCGCUCAAGGAAUGGAGCUCGACUAACGCGGAUCAUCUUGUCCCCGAGUUCGAAGGAAGGCCCAAGCGGAAGGACGAUCCCACCGCCGAAGCGUGGCUAAACCUCGUCGACAAAGGGUGCUCCGCGCGCGCGGUCCCAAAGACGCAUUGGCCGGCCGUGGCUAAGCAUUUCAUGGGCAAGAAGGCGCGCGGACGCGUACUCGAGCUGGAGAAAGUCAUGCGCGCGCUGCACGGGCAGCAGUGGGACUGGCGCUGGAAGGACUUUAGGGUCGCGGUCCUGAACAUGGGAUGGAACAUCGAUGAGACAAAGACCCGCCCGGUCCUUGUCGAACGGAAGUCAUCCGGCCUCUGGUGGAUCGUUGGCGGCAAGGACGAAACUCCCGCACAACCCGUCGCUCCGGGUAAGAGCAACAGCAAGGUACCCCAGGCUGUGCCCAAGAAGCCGUUCACCGACGCGAAGCCUUCGAAGACCAACGCCAACAAGGCCUCAGGCUCGGAGUCGAAAGUGCUCACGAAGGCCUCACCCCCCAAGGCCACGGUCGUCCCGAAGGACCCCAGGCCAACCCCGACACGGAGCGGUUCCGUCUUCUCCCUCCCCGCGCUCCCAUUCCUCCGACCUACGCCUCAGCCCCAGCAAACGGUCCUGCAGACGAUCACGGCACAGGUGCCGCUCUGGCUACUCGCAGCCACAGAGGCGCUCUCGACGCUCUCGAACGACCACCCUGACGUCCUGACGGCAGUGGCGACCGCCCUGGUUGCGGUGGGGACGGUGAGCACGGGUGGGAGUGCCGCGGUGGCGGCCAUCGGAGAGGCCGCGGUGGUCGUGGGGAGGGCCCUCAAGACCGCGCACGACCGCGCGCACUCGCACCGUUGA